CCAUUCUCCACGUGUUGAGCAUGGGCCGAGUUUGAAUUUGCAUUUAAAAGUUUAUCAUAAAUAUUAAUUGUGAACAAAACUAUAAAAUUAAAGUGCAUACGGCUACAAUUCGAGCUAUUAACAAUAAAAAUGGCUAUGCUUGCAGAACCGCGUCGCCGCAAACGGUACAACUUGUGUCCGCGCGGAAAGGCGCUCUACGAAGAUGAUACGCGUUUUGGCACGAAAAUGCUCGAAAAAAUGGGCUGGUCGAAGGGUAGAGGUCUCGGUGCGAAGCUGGAUGGCUCUCAGGAAUUUGUGCGUGUGCGCUUCAAGAACGAUGCCGAGGGCUUGGGCUACGAGACGCGCGACGAUCAAUGGACCACGCACGAGGAGGGUUUUAAUGGUCUACUGAAAACGCUGAAUGGAGAUGUCGACAAUGAAGCAAAUGGCAACGCAUCCGCUUCCGAAGAAGAAACCCGGCCCAUGGGUUUUGGUUUCAAGGCAGCAGCUCCCGUAGAGUCCAAGCCCAAGACGCUGAAGGAAAAUAUCAGCGGCAUAUCGCUAGAGGAGAAGUCGAAGAGCAGCAAAGCUCGUGUGCAUUACAAGAAAUUUACGCGUGGCAAGGAUCUGUCGCAGUACAGCGAAAAGGACCUGGCCAACAUAUUUGGCAAGAAGGCCACCGAUGAUAUUGAGACGCCUGUGCAAAUUGAGGAACAGCCGGAGGAAGAAGAGCAGCCCGUGAAUCCCAACUUUGCGGGCGUGCAGACGGUGAGCACUGGACUCUCUGUAAACGAUUACUUUAAGCAGAAAAUGGAAGCUAUGAAAAAGAGGCUCUCUUCCAAUAAUAAUCCCAAUGAUGCCUCAACUGAUGAAACAAAUGCCUUGGGCAACGAAGAAGCUGCUUUGACGGUAACUAAAAAUGAAGAUGAAUUGCCUAAAAAGAAGAAGAAAAAGAAGGAUAAAAGACACGAACAGGAGGAUCAGCUAGAAACUGUACUGCCAGCAGAAACCGUCCAGAAAAAGAAGGACAAAAGCCAGGAACAGGAGGAUCAGCAGGAUCAGCCAGAAACUGCGCUGCCACCAGAAACCGUCCAGAAAGAAAAGAAGAAAAAGAAAUCAAAGCGUGCUGCUGAAGAGGAUGCGGUUGAGCUAGAAAAAGACCAGGCCGCAGAGGAAACCAACCCUCCAAAGCGCAAAAAGAAAAAGAAGGAUAAGCAAGAGGUUGUAGAGGAAUCGCUAGCGACAGAUGAGCACAAAAAGAAGAAAAAAUCAAAGAAAACUGAAGAAACGCUGUUGGAAACGACAGAGGAAAAUGAACCUGAAAAGCCUGCUAAGAAAAAAAGCAAAAAGAGUAAAACAGAAAACAAAGAACUCACUGUAGAAGAAACUGAACUUAAUGAAAAACCCGCCAAGAAGAAGAGCAAAAAGAGUAAAACCGAAAACCGGGAAGAGCCCAUUGAAGAGGAAACUACGUCCAAAACUAAAAAGAAGUCAAAAAAACAAGUCGCCGCUGUGGAUACACUUCCCACAGAGACAGCAGCCAGCACAGAGCCUCUACCUGCCAAAGCGAAGAAAACUUCCAAGACGAACGAAUCCGAAAAAAAUUUCACAUAUUAGAUAUGAAUGCGUUCAGGAA